UACUCCUUACACCUCCAUGUUUCUCACUUCUAACAAUACAAACUCUUCCAAAUUCCGCCGUUGCCGUUGCCGUUGCCGUCGUCGUUGCCACCGCCGCAGCAACCACCGAGCUGCCACAGCUCAUGGCAGGGGCAAAAUCGUCAUCUCACGUUCCGAAAUUCGGCAAUUGGGAUUCCGAUGACGUACCGUACACCAUCUGUUUCGAAAACGCCCGUGAACUCCGAGCCGCCGGCGUCGACUUUGAUCCCAAUGAUCCCGACACGUACCCGCCGGCCGCCGUCAUAAAUCAAAAUUCAACCCCAGCCGACCACCGCGGAGACUACCACCAGCGGCGAGAGAUGGGAAACUCGGGAUCGGAGAAAUUGAGCAGUGAGAGAAGCGGUUCGGAUUACGCGCUUCUGAAAGAGGCGAAGCAGAGUGGGAGGAAGAAGAAACAUAGUAAUGGAGCGGAAGGAAUGAGUAGAUUUACUCCGACGACGACGGUGAGCGGACACGGCGGAAAGGGUAAUCGGAACCCUAGGGUUCGGCGGAAUGAUGAAGGGGAAAUGAUGGCGUCGGUGCCGAAAUUUGGGAGCUGGGAUGUGAGGGAUCCGAAAUCGGGAGAUGGAUAUACGGCAAUUUUCAAUAAAGUGAAGAUUGAGAAGCAAAUUGGAGGCUCUAAUAAUCCUCAGGCCGUUCCGCCAUUGAUGAAUCAAACCAAGAAAUUACCAAUUGCUCAAACUACUACCACCGCUACCACUCAUGGAUCCAAUUCAUUUGUUUCCAAGAUAUGCUGUUGUUUAUGUCCAAAGUAAAGCACAUCAUCACUCCAAGAGUAUCUGGAAGUGUUUUGGUGAUUUUCCACCAUUUGGUGGUUUUUCCACUUUUAGAAAUUUACAUGCCUUCUUGUAUUUUGAUAUAAAU